CGCAAUGGCGGAGCUGGCUAAUUUACUGACGGACGGUUUUAACUAAUUUUUUUUCCUUGACACACACACAAAAACGUUUAUUUUCCGAGAUCAUCACGAUGCGUUGAGUCUUCUAGCAGGUGCUCGUGAUGUGUCCGCCAGUCAAUGGUCAAAACGAGUGUUAAAAACGGGUUAACAACAACAGUCACAGCCAAUUCACCAGCCACCUCGGCGAUGGCUCCAUUUUGUCUACAGUUGCGGCACGGGCGGGAUUAUCCAAGCGGCACGUUGGCCUUCCCUAAUGGACGUCUCCUUCUUUGGUGGUGGAGGUGGAAGCUGGAGUGUGGAUAACCUGUAAUUGACGUCAACUUCGACCUGGAGGAGCCUCAGAAGUAGGAGCCCUCGGCAUUAAUCAAUAAUACCCAAGAAGUAUUCAUCAGUUUCAAAAAGCGAAUCUCUAUCAUGGCGCUGCGGAACGUGUGUCGCCUUUUGGCUCACCCUCAGAGAUGUGCCCUUCUUUGUUUCGCUCGAGCGCAGGGGACUGCAGCGCCUGUUAGAUGGGAUACAGAGAAGACCGAGAAGUCCAAAUCACCCAAAGUCCAAUUCAACUGGCGUGAUCCUCUGGACCUGGAUGGCCUACUGACAGAGGAGGAGGUCUUGAUAAGAGACUCUUUUAGAACCUACUGCCAAGACAAACUAAUGCCACGCAUCAUUUUAGCAAACAGAAAUGAAGUGUUCCACAGAGAAAUCGUGUCUGAGAUGGGUGAGAUGGGUGUCCUUGGUCCUACCAUUAAAGGAUACGGCUGUGCGGGGACAAGCUACGUGGCCUACGGUUUGAUCGCCAGAGAAGUAGAAAGCGUGGACAGCGGUUACCGUUCAGUGAUGAGUGUGCAGUCGUCGCUGGUCAUGCAUCCCAUCAAUGCCUAUGGCACCGAGGAGCAGAAGCAGAAGUACUUGCCCAAGCUGGCUCGUGGAGAGAUCCUAGGUUGCUUUGGCCUGACGGAACCAAAUCACGGCAGCGACCCAAGCAGCAUGGAGACCAGAGCAAAGUACAACCCGUCCAGCCGCACGUACUCCCUCACAGGCUCCAAGACGUGGAUCACCAACUCCCCAGUGGCGGACAUUGCAGUUGUGUGGGCAAAAUGUGACGACGGGAAGAUUCGCGGCUUCAUCUUGGAACGAGGAAUGAAAGGCUUUUCCACCCCCAAGAUCGAGGGAAAGUUUUCCCUGCGAGCGUCCGCUACAGGCAUGAUCAUCAUGGAUGAGGUGGAGGUUCCUGAAGAGAACCUGCUUCCCAAUGUGUCUGGCCUUGGGGGCCCAUUUGGCUGCUUGAACAACGCUCGUUACGGCAUUGCGUGGGGAGCUCUCGGUGCAGCAGAGUUCUGUUUCCAUGCAGCUCGUCAGUACACACUCGACAGGAUCCAGUUUGGAGUGCCACUUGCACGGAAUCAGCUAAUACAGAAAAAGAUGGCUGACAUGUUGACAGAGAUCACCAUUGGCUUGCAGUCCUGUCUGCAGCUGGGACGACUCAUCGAUGACAAAAAAGCGGCUCCAGAGAUGAUCUCCAUGCUGAAGAGGAACAGCUGUGGUAAAGCGCUUGACAUUGCCAGACAGGCUAGAGACAUGCUGGGAGGAAACGGCAUCGCAGACGAGUACCACAUCAUCCGUCAUGUCUUGAACCUGGAGGCCGUCAACACGUAUGAAGGUACCCACGAUAUCCAUGCAUUGAUCCUGGGCAGAGCCAUCACCGGGCUGCAGUCCUUCACGGUGGACAAAUAAACCAGAAUUCUUGUGGCUGCUUUCAACCAACUGGAGUCUGCGGUCAGAAAUGACACUUACUGUACAUGUCAGUUCAGUAAUGUGACUCGUGUCUGUGUGAACUAUAAAGAGGUAUAUUUUUGUAA